GCAACACUCUAUCUGGAACCUGUAGGCACAGAAUAUGGGGGAGACCUUGGAUUCUCCUCAGAGUUGUCCAGUCUGACUUAUUGGAGAGGAAGAUACCAGAUUGCUUCAUUUCUUAGCAGCAAAAAACAUUUUCGAGAAGUGAAAAUACAACGUCUCAGCAUUUUAUACUUCUACUUGAAGGAAGGAGAAAAAGUUCCUCCUGUCUAUAGGGCAGACUAUGCUUGUGAGAGCAGUCAGGGAGUUAACCUUAUCUGUCCUGGAGCAACACUUCAGCAUUCGGGAAUAAAAUCGCUCAAAUCUUCUGUGUUUUGGGUAAUGCCUGAAAAAACCCUUUCGACACGGCAUGUAGGGAUGGAAGCCUUGAAUAGUGUGGGCAGCACUGGAAGCUGUGACAGCAUGGAAAGCAUUUCUUCCAACCAUUCAGCAUUUAGUGGAGAUGGAUAUGAUCAUCUUUCAGCUGAAGAACGGGAAUGCUUGAUGUUUCUGGAGGAAACCAUAGACUCUCUGGACAAUGAAGAUGAUAGUGGGGUAUCCAAUGAUGAACUGGAAACGACUGAAAAAUCCACCAGUCAUGUAACAGAACCGCCAAAGGUUCCAACUUCAGGUGGUAAUGACAAAACAAGACCUAUUGCAACUCCAUUCCCAAAAUUAGAGGAAUGGGCCUCUGGUCCCAAAAUUCCACAGGGAUAUCACAGUUUCCCAAGGAUAAUACAAGCAUCUCGGGAGGAAACCACAAAGCCUAGCACUGAAUCAAAAGUUCCAGAUUCUAACUUGGAUCAAACUAAGCCAUGGUAUGGGAAACCAAAAAGCAUGUCUUCAAUUAACAGACCACAAACAGGGGAACCUUCCAUAUCAGACUUGCUGAUUAUACCACCACCUGAACCAUUCAGAGAUCCCCAGAGUAAUAUAGACAAGAGACGUUCUGUUACUGAUCCCACAGAUGCACGUGAAGUAAGAUAUGACAAAGCACUAUUAAGACCAUCUACAAUCUCAGAAUAUAAAGAGAUUCAGCCUGUAGUAAAGCCAAUGCCUUCACUGUUCCCAAGGGUCUCCUCACCAAAGACUGCCACAACUUCACAAGAAACUAUAAGCCAGACUGAAGCAAAAUUUGUGGACAGCAAGCAAGGCCCACCAACAGCACCAAAGCCACGCACACUGCCACCACACAUAAUUAUUAAGUCAAGCUCAGGAGUGGUAUCCAAUCUAGAUCCACAGAAAAGACCAAGAACAUUUUCAGCACAUGAGAGGAUCAUGGACAAAGCUCAUGAACCUACAAUCUCAAAAGUUCCUCAUUCUAAGGAAAAAGAACGUGCUAGGUUUGAAGCACUACAAAAAUUAGGUUUGGAUGGUAAGUCAAGUUCACAGGAGAAUCUUUCAAUUAGGUCUUCAAAAACUGAUCUCUCUAUGUCACCAGGUGUUGGUGACCAAGGCUACAAAGAUGUUAACAGAAAAAGUGAUGUUGAUCUGCCAAAUAGACCAGAUUUAAUCGGGUCUGUCCCUUCACAACCUUCAAUUAUUAUUCAUAAGACAGAUGAUAGUCAUGUAAGAGUUGAAAGCCUGAGCAAGAACAGAUUGAGCAUGAAAUCAAACCCUCUAGAAAAAGAUGAGCCUGUGAGCGGAAAAGAUCCUAAAGCUGUAGAAGUACCUCCACAGCAUCAUAUUAAAAGUAGUAUUUUCGGAAGGAACAGGCCCAGCAUGAAGGUCAAUGCACAAGAAAAAGCAGAUAAUGUAGUAAUUCAGACGCCCAAACCUUUAAAUGAGGUCCACACGGUAACUGAUUGCUCUCCUAAAAACACUGAAGCAGACACCACAAAACACAUGUCGCCAUCCCAUGUAGAUAGCAAAUCUGAUAAAACUGGAUUUGCAGCUAAUGAAUUACAUACUGGAUCAGGCGUACUUUUAAGAAGUCCAAAACAAGAUCGGGAUAGAUCCUCAACUUUGAUAAAAAACCCAGCUGAAAAAAAAACUGGUGUCCCAGAAAUUAACCCUACACCAGUCAAACCAUCUGAACGUUUAUCCAUAGGUGAGAAGCAUCAGGAAAACUUGGGUUCCUAUGAAAAUAUUUACCAAAUCAGUACCAGUCCUGGAAAAACCUAUAAUAUUCCUCGACCAAAGGACAUUGUGGUCACUCACAACAGUUCAGACAUAAUUAGAGUUAAAACAAAUGAUAAAGUCCUUGAUAAGAGCAACAGGCACAGCACUCAUUUUGAACCUUCCAAUGAACCUUAUUUGCACUUUCCUCAAGGGUCAGUUCCUGGCAUCAGACAAAUAAACAUUAAGGCAAACACAUUGGAAAGGUCUGGUGUGGGCCUCAGUGGAUCCAUGUCUAGCAUUGAAAAAGAACCUCAAAAAGGAAACAAUUCGUUCUUCAAAAAAUCACUGUUUUCUGGUAAUUUCUUGCGUAACAGCAGGCCUAGGCCAGCAUCCCUUGGUACUGGAAAAGACUUUGCUGGCCUGGAGCCAUCUACAACAGACGGCGAAACUAGUGAAAAGCGCUCUAUCUUUUCAAGACCGUCUCGCCCAUCUGCUCCCGUUACUAGUGUUAAGAUUACUCCUAAAGGUGCUUCAGAAGAGCACAGAAAAGAAGCCUUAAUAAAACUUGGCAUUCUAAAGGAAUAAGCAAUGGCAGAAAACAUAACCUGUAAAUUGACUGACUAGUAAUGUGCCAUUACAGAGCACUCUUAGUGAUAAUGUGAUCGUAUUUUAGUCAUGGGAUCUUUGAUCCUGACACUUUUCCUUGUUAAAAUGGCAAUUCAUUAUCUACACCUAAAGGAAUCUUGGUAUAUCCUAUAAAAACUUUUUAAACUCUAUUAAUCCUGAAGCUGAAAUUCAAAAUUAAAUAUAAUUGAUGGUAAGAAAUGUUGCUAUUACAUACAGCUGAAUCUUUGUACAUAACUAUAAUACCCAUGGCACAUAUUAAUAGGGAUUCAACAUUGUAAAGCACUUGUUAAUUUUCUACUUGGACUUAUGUGCGGUCUAGUUAAUGUAUGGUAAUAUUUAACACUUGACAAAAAGGCAUAAAAAUACCCCCUUUUUUUUUCUCCUCUAAUGUAUCCCGAUUCCGCAUUAAGCAUUUUAUUUAACUUGUUACUAACCAGUUGUUGGUACAAGGGUAAUGUACAGUCCUAACGCAUGAAUGUAAAUAUAUUAAAUGUUAACCCUUUAUGUUAAAGAAAGACUGAGAAAAUGGUUUUGUUUCGAGAGGUGAUAUGGAAUGAGAAUUUAAGUGUGACUCAUGUAAACAGGUAAAUGUAGACUUUCAUCUGCCAAUUCACUUGGAACUGUGAAAGCCUUUAACAUUUUUGCUUGUAUGUAGGCUGUAGAAAAGCCUGUUCUAUACAGUAUAAUUCUGAGAUGCUCUUGGUUUAUGUAUGUUUUGUUUUUAUUGCACACUGUAUUUACCUGUACAUUGCCUCAUUAAUAAAAAUUUUAUUAAACCUU